UAUGAAACGAUCAUCUCCAUUUUCUUUGGAAUAAUCACUAAAAGAAAAAAAAAAAAAAACAAUGUUGUCACUCAAACCAGUGUUGUUUCUGCUGCUAACGGUGGUCUGUCUCGGAGUAUCCAAGGUUACUCCCCACCAAAAGCAAGAAUUACCCACAGCGGUGGUUGACGGCGGCCAUGGUGUUUUUCCGGUGAGGAUUGCUUAUGAAACAGGAAGUAAUGGUGAAGAAGACUCGUCGUCUAUGAUAUUGGCUGAAAAAAGAACUAGAAGGAAAGAUCCAGCGAAUCAUUUAAAGUACUACAAUGGUGGAUGGAAUAUUAGUGAUCGUCAUUAUAAAUCUUCUGUAUCGUAUACUGCUGCUCCCUUGUUUGGCAUUGCUGCAGUCUGGUUUGUGGGAUUCGGCUUAUCCUUGCUCUCGAUAUGUUUCUGUUAUUGUUGUUGUCGAAGAACACCAUACGGCUAUUCCAGAACCGCUUACGCACUCUCUCUUGCCUUCCUUGCUCUAUUCACCAUCGCUGCAAUUGUUGGAUGUGUGAUUCUCUACACGGGCCAAGGGAAGUUCCAUAAUAGUACUACGGAUACAUUGGACUUUGUUGUGAGCGAAUCCAAAGAUACAAUUAAUAAACUCAACAAUGUGUCGAGUAUUCUUGCGACAUCAAAGAAUAUCGGAGUAGAUCAAGUCUCUUUACCUCCGAGUAUGAAAAAAAACAUUGAUCGGGUUGACGAAAUGGUAUCCAAAGCUGUUAGAUCUCUUGAUUCUGAGACCCAAAAGAACGAAAAAUAUAUACAUGAUGUUCUGAAUUCUGUGAGGCUUGCUCUUAUAAUUGUAGCUGCCAUUAUGCUUCUCGUAGCUCUUCUCGGUUUUCUACUCUCCAUAUUUGGCUUGCAAGUGCUUGUUUACAUAUUGGUGGUUUUGGGUUGGAUUCUCGUUACAGCUACGUUUAUCUUAUGUGGCAUAUUUCUCACACUACACAAUGUUAUGGGUGACACAUGUGUCGCAAUGGACGAAUGGGUUCAAAACCCUACGGCACACACAGCGUUGGAUGAUAUUCUUCCAUGUAUCGACCAUGCAACCGCUCAAGAAACAUUGUUUCAAACCAAAGAUGUCACGUUCCAGUUGGUAGAUACAGUGAAUAAGAUCAUAAUUAAUGUAGCGAAUAUUGAUCCGCCACCCUUUCCUGGUCUUCUCAAUUACAAUCAAUCCGGACCGUUGGUUCCCACCCUUUGUAACCCGUUAAAUGCUGAUAAAACAUAUCGAAAAUGUCAAGAUGGUGAGUUGGAUGCCAGUAAUGCAGCCCAGAUAUGGAAGGCUUAUGUAUGCCAGGUUUCCGCGAAUGAUAUGUGCACAACCGUGGGUCGGUUGACCCCAAAAAUGUACGACCAAAUGUCGGCUGCAGCCAACGUGAGCUCAGGUUUGACAUACUAUGGCCCGUUUCUAGCUGGUUUAAUGGACUGUUCUUUCGUUAGGUUCACGUUCACCAGGGUCCACGCGGAUCACUGCCCUGAGUUGAUCAAAUACAGCAAAUGGGUGUACAUUGGUUUAACGAUGGUGUCUGUAGCCGUGAUGUUAUCGUUGGUGUUAUGGGUGUUGUAUGCUAGAGAAAGAAGGCAUAGAAAGUACACAAAACUUGCAGUUGCAGCAUCGGAGCAUACUUCACUUGCAACUGAAACAGAAUUGAAGUGAAAAAGUGUAUACACAUAUAUUGGAAACUAAACUUAGAAUGUUUAUUAUAAUUAUGUCACACUUAUUAAUA